AUGUCGAUCCGGUGGACAUGCAUAUCAUCUCUCUCAACCAAAGCACGAUCAUCCCACUGCGCUUCUAUCGCGAAUAAAGGCACCUUACUCCUAUAUGGUGGCGAGUUCCAGCCACGCAAGCCUGUCGAUGGAGACGUUCACGUAUUAGAUCUGAACAACGCUAGCCAACAAGCCGUAGCGGACAACGCGGCUGGCUCGUGGCGUACCUUGUCCGCAUCGUCGAAGCCAGGGCCCCGAGUGGGCGCAACAACAGUAUUCGACGGCGGAAAUUUGUACAUGUGGGGCGGAAGAGGAGGCGUCGAUAUGAUGCCUCUAGAAUCCAAGCAAUCAGGCAUAUGGAAGGGACAGAUAUUACAAAAUGAGGUCAUAUGGGAGAAGCUGGAAGGCAAGGGCGACGAGCCUGUCUCGAGAAGCUUCCACGCUUCAGUAUUGGCUAAUGGAAAAUUGUACAUCCAUGCAGGUUGUCCUGCCUCUGGGCGCCUCUCUACUCUUCAUUCUUAUGAUCUGCAGUCCUCUCGGUGGUCUCUCUGCGCAGAUGCUCCCGAUCCUGCGCGCGGUGGAACCGCCAUCGCUUCCGUAAAAUUUCCAACCUCUUCCUCCGAUGAGGAAGUAAUCAUUAGAUUCGGUGGUUUUGCUGGGUACCAACUCCCCACUUCAACACCACCACCCUUGGAUAUUUACACACCAAGUACUAACUCCUGGGCAACCGUUGUACCGUCUGGCGACCCACAAUACGGAUAUCCCGGAGCGCGCUCCGUCCACGGUCUCGUUCCUCUUUCCACGCCUGAUGGCACCGGAGUCGCAUUACUAUACCACGGCGAGUAUGACGCCUCCAGCUUAGGCCAUGCCGGCGCAGGGAAAUUCUGGGAUGACACUUGGGCGCUGUUGUGGCACGAGGGUGCGCUAAGAUGGAAGAAGUUAAUUAUAGAAGGUGAUCCAACCCCGGAGGGCCGUGGUUGGUUCCCUUCAACGUCCUAUACCACUCCUGGAGGUAAUACUCGAGUAGUUCUCUCGGGUGGUCUCCUCAGUUCAAACGAGCGCAGUGGAGAAGUGUGGGUUGGCGAUGUCCAACUCUGA